UGAUAGGUGCCUAAUGAAAUAUGGUACAGCCGGGCGAAACAUUGCACAUGCCUGUUUCGCCACAGGGCCAAAGUCAUCGAGUUUCCGAGGGAGUGGCAAAGCGAGCGGUCGUGUUGCUUGCCUACGUACUCCUCGCUCUAAUAACCUAGCUACUUUACACUCGUCCGUGAUUGUCAAGUCGGGGCCAAGAGAGUUCACUGGCACUCGAAGUCUAUCCGACGGGGUCAUUGUCGCACGACCGAUAAGCGUUAUGAAGCAACUAUCAUGGAGACGAUUCGUUUUCAUACCAAUAUAUUUGUGCAUUGCACUGUCAAGAUCAGUUUUGCCUCAAGUUUUGGAUGAUCAUAAUCUAAGUCCUGAAGUGAUUCAAAUCAAGGAGACGACAAUUCAAGGAAGUCAGCUUUCAGAAAGAGAUCUUCAGAAUAGUCGUAAUAUUAGCAUACAAGGGAAUGACUUCGUUUUGGAUGGAAAUCCUUUUCGGAUUAUGUCGGGGUCUCUUCAUUAUUUCAGGCUGCCGUCGGAAUAUUGGCGGGACCGACUAAGAAAAUUAAGAGCAGCGGGCCUGAAUACUGUGUCCACGUAUGUAGAGUGGAGCAGUCACGAGCCGGAAGAAGGUUUGUACAAGUUUGACGGAGACAACGAUAUCGCCCGCUUUAUACAAAUAGCUGCAGAGGAAGAACUAUACGUGCUCUUGCGACCAGGACCUUACAUUUGUGCCGAAAGAGAUCUAGGUGGUCUUCCUUACUGGCUCCUCAGUAAAUAUCCAAAAAUAAGAUUACGGACUACAGAUAAAAAUUUUAUAAGUGAAACCGAGAAAUGGAUGACUAAACUUUUUAGCCAACUUAAACCUUUGUUAUACAAAAAUGGAGGUCCGAUAAUAAUGGUACAGGUAGAAAACGAAUACGGCAGUUACGGCAGUAGUAAGGCAUACAUGAAACAGGUUCGCGACAUAAUAAAACAACACGUCGACGACAAUGCUUUACUGUAUACAACAGAUGGCCCGUAUCAUUCGUAUUUUUAUGAUGGAUCUGUUCCCGGUACUCUGACUACCAUAGACUUCGGACCGACAGCUAGUAAAGCGGUAGAUAUGUUCAAAGAGCUGCGCGCGUUCAUGUCAGAGGGACCUCUGAUGAACUCAGAGUACUAUCCCGGCUGGCUUACUCACUGGAGUGAGGACUUGCAAAAAGUAACCACAGAACGUGUUGUUGCAACAUUAAAAGAUAUGCUAGAUAACAAGAUCCACUUCAAUAUCUACAUGUUCUUUGGCGGCACCAAUUUUGAAUUUACAGCAGGUGCUAACUAUGCUUCUAAUUACCAACCCGACAUCACAUCUUACGAUUACGAUGCUCCGUUAUCUGAAGCUGGAGAUCCGACUCCAAAAUAUGACGCUAUCCGCAACACUUUGGCCAAAUAUGAUCUUGUACCCGAAAAUAUACCUGCCCCCGUGCCGUCUAAAAAAGGGGCGUACGGCGAAAUAAAUCUCAGUCCAAAAAUCAACUUACUGUCUACGGAUGGUCGUUCUAAACUCGGAAAAAAAUACAAAGAUGUUAAUGGACCGAAUUUACCGACGUUCGAAGAAUUGCGGCAGCGCAGUGGUCUUGUUCUAUACGAAACGACGCUUAAUGAAACCGACGGAAUUCUGUCAAUAACAGCGCCACGCGAUUGGAUAUUCGUUUUCGUUGAUAAUAAAUAUCAAGGUGUAAUAAAUAGAAUGCAGAAGCUAUUCAAUCUAAGCAUAAAAGCGAAAGAAGGCUCCACUUUGUCUUUACUAGUUGAGAAUCAAGGACGUAUUAACUAUGGUAACAGACUUCAUGAUUUUAAGGGAAUACUGAGUCCAGUAACUCUAGAUAGUAAAAAAGGAUACAUUAGAUCUGGCAAUUUGGAAGGUCCGUGGAGGGUUACUGGAUAUGGUUUGGAUACAAACAAUAACAUCGAAUUAGGGUCAAAUAACAUUGUCGGUCAAGGCCGCUCUUCAAUGGGCCCCACGCUAUAUGAAGGAAUACUAGUUUUACCUCAGGGUCAACCUUUGGACACUUUCGUCGACCCUACUGGUUGGGGAAAGGGUUAUAUUUUUGUAAACGGACAUAACCUCGGAAGAUAUUGGCCCAAAGUGGGUCCACAAGUGACUCUUUAUAUUCCUGGUGUGUGGUUAAAACCGGCGCCUGCUCAGAAUUCUAUCAAAAUACUCGAACAAAUGGAAGACUUAAGUUGUGAAGUCGGCCCACUGUGCUGCCUAGUCCUUGCAGACGGUUCGGUCUUUCAGGGCAGAAGUUUCGGUGCACAAGUUCCUGUGGAGGGAGAAGUUGUUUUUCAGACUGGCAUGGUCGGAUAUCCAGAGUCUUUAACAGAUCCUUCGUAUCAUGCUCAGAUAUUGGUUCUGACGUAUCCUCUGAUUGGGAACUAUGGAAUACCAGACGAAAACGAGUACGAUGAACACGGCUUACCGAGAUGGUUUGAAUCGAAGCGUAUCUGGGCAACUGGACUUAUAGUUGGGCAAGUUAGUACCCACGCAUCACAUUGGCGUGCUCGAAAAUCUUUGGGAAAAUGGUUGGCCCAGAACGGUAUACCUGGUCUUUGUGAAAUAGAUACCCGGGCGCUGACAUAUAGACUUCGCGAAGGUGUUACAUUAGGCAGAAUAAUUCAAAGUGUAUCACCCAUUGGCACACUACCGCCACUUCAAGACCCAAACGAAAGGAAUUUAGUAGCAGAAGUGUCCGUAAAGGAAAAGCAAAUAUUUAAUCCAUCGGGUAGUUAUACAAUUUUAGCAAUUGACUGCGGUUUAAAGUACAAUCAAAUCAGAUGUUUAAUUAAGAGAAACGCUAAAGUCAUUUUAGUACCCUGGAACUAUAAAUUUGACCCAAAAGAGUACGAUGGGUUGUUUAUUAGUAAUGGUCCGGGCGAUCCAGAAGUGUGCAAAGAGGUCGUGGAUAACUUAAGAGAAGUAAUUAAGAACGAACAUACAGUUAAACCAGUUUUUGGUAUUUGCCUUGGCCACCAGUUACUUGCAACUGCUGCUGGUUGUAAAACCUACAAAACAAGGUAUGGUAACCGAGGACACAAUUUACCUUGCACGCACGCCGGAACAGGAAGAUGUUUCAUGACUUCUCAAAAUCAUGGAUUUGCAGUCGAUACUAAUUCACUACCUCAAAAUUGGGAAAUUUUAUUCACUAAUGAAAACGAUAAAACCAAUGAAGGAAUCAUCCAUAAUUCACUUCCCUAUUUCAGUGUGCAGUUUCACCCAGAGCACACAGCAGGACCGACCGAUCUCGAAUGUCUUUUCGAUAUAUUUGUCGAAACAGUUAAAUCAUAUAAAAUUAAUACAAAAUGUGUUGUAAAUGACAUGAUUUGUGAGAAACUUAAGUAUACUCCAACAUUAUAUGAAAGGCCAAAAAAAGUAUUAAUUCUAGGAUCAGGCGGUUUAUCUAUUGGUCAAGCAGGCGAAUUUGAUUAUUCUGGUUCACAGGGAGUAAAAGCAAUGCAGGAAGAAAAAAUACAAACAGUUCUUAUAAAUCCUAACAUUGCGACCGUUCAAACAUCGAAAGGAUUAGCUGAUAAAGUUUAUUUCUUGCCCAUUACACCUGAAUAUGUUGAACAAGUUAUAAAAGCUGAGCGUCCUACAGGAAUCCUGCUAACAUUUGGAGGUCAAACAGCUUUAAACUGUGGCGUAGAAUUGCAAAAGUCUAAAGUAUUUGAGAAAUAUAAUGUACGUGUAUUAGGCACCCCAAUUCAGUCUAUAGUAGAUACUGAAGACAGAAAAAUUUUUGCUGAGAAAAUUAAUGCUAUUGGUGAAAAGGUAGCCCCGAGUGCUGCUGUUUCUUCAAUAGAAGAAGCUUUAGUUGCUGCAAAUCAAAUUGGAUAUCCAGUGAUGGCUCGUUCUGCAUUUUCUUUGGGCGGCUUAGGGUCAGGUUUUGCUAAUAAUGAAGAAGAGUUACGAAUUCUGGCGCAUCAAGCAUUAUCACAUUCAGAACAGCUUAUUAUAGACAAAUCUUUAAAAGGAUGGAAAGAAGUCGAAUACGAAGUUGUGAGAGAUGCUUAUGAUAAUUGUAUAACAGUUUGUAAUAUGGAAAAUGUGGACCCCUUAGGUAUACACACAGGAGAGUCUAUCGUGAUUGCACCAAGCCAAACAUUAUCUAACAGGGAAUAUUAUUUAUUACGGAAUACUGCUAUUAAAGUAAUAAGACAUUUUGGAAUAGUCGGAGAAUGUAAUAUACAAUAUGCCUUGAAUCCAAAUUCUGAAGAAUUUUAUAUCAUAGAAGUAAAUGCAAGAUUGUCAAGAAGUUCUGCUCUAGCAAGCAAAGCGACAGGUUAUCCACUUGCAUAUGUAGCUGCUAAAUUAGCUCUUGGAAUUUCUUUACCGACAAUAAAGAAUUCUGUUACUGGUGUGACUACAGCGUGUUUUGAACCAAGCUUAGAUUAUUGUGUAGUAAAAAUACCUAGAUGGGACUUAGCUAAAUUUAACAGAGUUAGUACCAAAAUUGGAAGCUCAAUGAAAAGUGUAGGGGAAGUUAUGGCAAUUGGUCGUAAUUUUGAAGAAGCAUUUCAAAAAGCUUUAAGAAUGGUCGAUGAAAACGUGAAUGGUUUUGAUCCUUAUAUCAAAAAAGUAAAUGAAAAUGAACUGAGAGAACCAACUGAUAAGCGCAUGUUCGUUUUAGCUGCUGCUCUAAAAGAAAACUAUACUGUUGAGAAACUUUAUGAUUUAACAAAAAUUGAUCGAUGGUUCCUUGAGAAAUUAAAAAAUAUCAUUGACUAUUAUAAAAUACUGGAAUCCAUUGAUUCUGGAUCAAUUACUUUUGAAAUUUUGAAGAGUGCAAAGCAAAUAGGAUUCUCAGAUAAGCAAAUAGCUGCUGCAAUAAAAAGUACAGAAUUGGCUGUGAGAAAACUUCGGGAAGAAUUUAAAAUAACUCCGUUCGUUAAGCAAAUUGAUACAGUUGCCGCUGAAUGGCCUGCAACGACUAAUUAUCUUUAUCUAACAUAUAAUGGUAGUACACAUGACUUGAAUUUCACUGGAGAUUUUAUAAUAGUUUUAGGAUCUGGAGUAUAUAGAAUAGGAAGUUCAGUUGAAUUCGAUUGGUGUGCUGUGGGAUGUUUAAGGGAAUUAAAAAAUCAAGGUAAAAAAACCAUUAUGGUCAACUACAAUCCCGAAACAGUAAGUACAGAUUAUGAUAUGAGCGAUAGGUUGUAUUUCGAAGAAAUAUCAUUUGAAGUAGUAAUGGAUAUAUAUAACUUGGAAAAACCUCAUGGUGUUAUACUUUGCAUGGGUGGCCAAUUACCUAACAAUAUUGCCAUGGAUUUACAUAGACAGCAAGCUAAAAUUCUAGGUACUUCUCCUGAUAUGAUAGAUAAUGCUGAAAAUAGGUUCAAAUUUUCGCGUAUGCUCGAUCGCAAAGGUAUUUUGCAACCAAAGUGGAAAGAACUUACAAAUCUAGAUUCAGCCAUAAAAUUCUGCGAAGAAGUUGGAUAUCCAUGCCUAGUUCGACCAUCCUAUGUACUAAGCGGGGCGGCCAUGAAUGUAGCAUAUUCGAAUCAAGAAUUGGAAGCAUAUUUAAAAUCUGCAAGUCAACUUAAUAAAGAUCAUCCUGUAGUAAUUUCAAAAUAUAUAUUGGACGCUAAAGAAAUAGAUGUUGACGUUGUUGCGGCUGAUGGUGUACUUCUUUGUAUCGCUGUUUCUGAACACAUAGAAAAUGCUGGUGUUCAUUCCGGAGAUGCUACCUUAGUAACCCCUCCUCAAGAUAUUAAUAACGAAACUUUAGACAAAAUAAAUGAGAUAGCUAAAAUUAUUGCAGAAACUCUUGAUGUUACAGGGCCAUUUAAUAUGCAACUUAUUGCAAAAGAUAAUGAAUUAAAAGUCAUAGAGUGUAACGUUAGAGUUUCGAGAUCAUUUCCUUUUGUUUCUAAAACAUUGGACCAUGAUUUUGUUGCUAUGGCGACAAAAGUAAUCUUAGGAGUACCGGUUGAACCAGUCAGCGUUAUGGGUGGUUGUGGAAAAGUCGGGGUGAAGGUACCCCAAUUUUCUUUCUCAAGAUUAUCCGGCGCUGACGUUACUCUUGGUGUAGAAAUGGCAUCAACUGGUGAAGUUGCUUGUUUUGGCGAAAACCGCUAUGAAGCUUAUUUAAAAUCAUUAAUGAGUACAGGGUUCAGAAUUCCCAAAAAGGCUAUUUUGCUUUCAAUUGGAACUUUUAAGCAUAAAAUAGAACUAUUACCAAGUGUGCGUUCCUUGAAAAAACUUGGAUAUAAGUUAUAUGCCAGUAUGGGCACAGGAGAUUUUUAUAAUGAACAUGGUAUAGAGAUAGAAAGUGUUCAAUGGACAUUCGAUCAUAUCGGUGAUCCGGAAGAUGUAAGGUCUGACGGUGAACUCAUGCACUUGGCAGACUUUAUGGCUAGAAAAGAACUCGAUCUCGUAAUUAAUUUACCAAUGCGAGGUGGAGCUAGGCGCGUUUCCUCCUUUAGCACACAUGGAUAUCGAACACGUCGUCUAGCUGUGGACUAUGCUGUCCCCUUAGUCACUGACGUCAAAUGUGCUAAACUUCUUGUAAAGGCAAUGUUGCAAUGUGGUGGUGCACCACAAAUGAAAACACACACGGAUUGUAUGACAUCACGUAACAUAAUUAAAUUGCCUGGAUUUAUUGAUGUGCACGUUCAUGUUCGAGAACCUGGAGCUACAUAUAAGGAAGACUUCGAUUCAUGCACUGCCGCUGCUCUUGCUGGAGGUGUUACUAUGAUUUGUGCAAUGCCAAACACAAACCCUCCCUUAAUUGAUCGUUCAUCAUACGAUUAUGUUUCGACUUUAGCUCGUGUAAGUGCUCGAUGUGAUUUUGCCCUUUUCGUUGGUGCAUCUACCACUAAUUGUGAUACAGCAGCUGAAUUAGCGCCACAGGCAGCAGCACUUAAAAUGUACUUGAAUGAAACGUUUACUACAUUAAAACUUAAUGAUAUGACAAUUUGGCAACGUCACCUUCAGAACUGGCCUAAAAAAAUGCCAAUAUGUGCACAUGCCGAACGUGAAAAAACAGGUGCAAUUAUUCUAAUGGCUUCAUUACUCGAUAGACCUAUUCACAUAUGUCACGUGGCACGAAAAGAAGAAAUUUUAAUAAUAAAAUCAGCUAAAGAACGGGGCUUAAAAGUUACUUGUGAAGUAUGCCCUCAUCAUCUAUUUUUAAGCACGGCUGAUAUAGAACGAAUUGGAAAUGGACGUGCUGAAGUCCGUCCAGUUUUAUGCAGCCCCGAGGAUCAAGCAGAACUAUGGAAAAAUAUGGAUAUUAUAGAUGUUUUUGCAACAGAUCAUGCACCUCAUUCUGUUGAAGAAAAAAAUUCUGACAAACCACUACCUGGCUAUCCGGGCUUAGAAACAGUUUUACCGCUACUUCUAAAUGCUGUUCAUGAAGGACGACUAACUAUCGAUGACAUAAUAAACAAAUUCCAUAAAAACCCAAGAAAAAUAUUUAAUUUGCCAGAACAAAUAAAUACUUAUGUAGAAGUAGAUAUGGAUUAUGAAUGGACAAUACCUGAUGCCUUAGAGUUUUCAAAAUCUAAAUGGACUCCAUUUGCUGGCAUGCGAGUUUGUGGAGCUAUUCAUCGUGUUACUUUACGUGGUGAAAUCGCUUAUGUAGAAGGUCAAAUACUUGUGCCUCCAGGCUUCGGACAGAAUGUACGCGAAUGGCCUGUACCUAAAAAACAAACUUUGCCAGCUUUUGCGUUUGAAAAGUUUGACAAAGAGUCAAGUCGACCAAACUCAGCUUUAGAUAUUCAUAAUUCGUUAGAAUUUACCAAAUUUCAUGAUAUGGAUAUAGAUCAAGCUGAACCUAAUAAGCCUGAUGUACAAAAUAAACUGAACGUCCACUUUCAUGAAGUACCUGGCCUAAGAAGUAUAUCGCCGUUACCUCCUCAAACACAUACAAUCAGACAACGCUGUGACAGUUCCUCACAAUCAACAGGCCUACAACGCCAAAGAAGUGAUUUAUUCGGCAAAAGUAUAUUAACGGUUGACACUUUUGGAAAAGAAACAUUAAAUGACAUUUUCAAUUUAGCUCAAUUCAUGAAAACCUGUGUCAGUAAAGGGCGCGUAUUGGAUGAUAUAUUACGAGGCAAAGUUAUGGCGUCGAUAUUUUAUGAAGUUAGUACACGUACAAGUUGCAGUUUUGCAGCAGCUAUGCAAAGACUUGGUGGUUCUGUUAUUCAUACAGAUGCAACUAGCUCAUCAGCUAAAAAAGGAGAAACAUUAGAAGAUAGUGUUACAGUGAUGGCUAGUUAUUCAGAUGUUGUAGUGUUACGUCAUCCUGAACCAGGGGCAGUCACCCGCGCAUCACGACAUUCACGUAAACCCGUAAUAAAUGCAGGAGACGGAAUCGGAGAACAUCCCACACAAGCACUUUUGGAUGUUUUCACUAUCAGAGAAGAAAUUGGCACAGUCAAUGGCCUUACCAUUACAAUGGUUGGAGAUUUAAAAAAUGGGCGAACAGUUCACUCAUUAGCUCGACUUUUAUCCUUAUAUCAAGUACAGUUACAAUAUGUUAGCCCACCAGGUCUAGGUAUGCCUAAACAUAUUAUGGAGUACGUAUCAUACAAAGGUAUCUCGCAAAAAGUAUAUGAACGCUUAGAAGAUGUAUUAGGUGAUACUCACGUUUUAUAUAUGACUAGAAUUCAACGUGAGAGAUUUGCAAGCCAGGAAGAGUAUGAAAAGAUGCGUGGAUUAUUAGUUGUCACCCCACAAUUAAUGACUCGAGCUCGUCGUCGUAUGAUUGUAAUGCAUCCACUACCACGAGUCGAUGAGAUUUCGCCAGAAUUUGAUUCUGACCCGAGAGCGGCCUACUUUAGACAAGCUGAAUAUGGGAUGUAUGUGCGAAUGGCAUUGCUCGCUAUGGUAGCGGGAGUGAAUCCACUUACAUAGGAACACGGAAGCACCAUUAGUAAACAAUCAUUUACUUCUCCCGAAAACUAUUAUUUACGUUAAUGUUAAUUUUGAUAGCUUUUUAAGUAUUCACUCAAUCGUGAUAAACUUUUAUUCCAUUAAAAAGUAUAAUUGUCAAAAAUCUAAUUUAUAAUAAGUACUUUUUCAAAGUAAAGUUCGAUUUAUU